AAUAAAUUAUGUUUUUUUCAACAGAUUGUGUAACAAAUAUUAUUCUAUCAAUUUAAAGAUGUAUUUGUAUGUGUUUCAGUGAAUGGUACAUCAAUGGAGAUUACCUCGUGAUUCUGGUCUCGAUUAUUGUCAUCCUACCUCUCUCAUUACUCAGGAACUUAGGUUACCUUGGUUACACCAGUGGUCUCUCUCUGCUCUGCAUGGUGUUUUUUCUGAUUGUGGUGAUCAUAAAGAAGUUCCAGAUCCCAUGCCCUCUGCCUCUUCCUGACACUGGAAAUGAAACCAUGCAUAUGUUCAACAUCACCCCCCACAGCGACAACGUCACUAUAGAUGAUGACACUUGCAAGCCUAAAUACUUUGUCUUUAACUCACAGACUGUCUAUGCUAUACCCAUCCUCACGUUUGCCUUCGUGUGCCAUCCUACUAUCCUACCCAUGUAUGAUGAGCUCAAAGACCGCUCACGCCGAAAGAUGCAGAAUGUGGCCAACGUUUCCUUCCUGGCCAUGUUCAUCAUGUACCUGCUGGCCGCCCUCUUUGGAUACCUCACCUUCAACAUCCAUGUGGGACCUGAGCUGCUCCACACCUACUCAAACUACUACAAGUACGAUAUUCUCCUGCUGGUUGUUCGCCUGGCUGUGCUGGCCGCUGUCACACUCACAGUUCCUGUGAUGCUCUUCCCUAUUCGUACCUCAGUCGGCCACCUGCUGUUCCCAGGAAAAGACUUCAGCUGGAUCCGUCACGCUAUCAUCCCCCUGACCCUGUUAACAGGAACCAACAUUCUGGUCAUCUUUGUCCCGAGCAUCAGAGAUAUUUUUGGCUUUAUUGGUGCCUCUGCUGCUGCAAUGCUGAUCUUCAUCCUGCCCUCAGCUUUCUAUAUCAAACUGGUUAAGAAGGAGUCAAUGAAAUCCAUAAAGAAGAUUGGGGUAAGACAUUAUUAAACAUUUCACAAUUUCAAUCACAUU